CAAGAAUUAGUACAGCCUGGUUAUUUCGCUUUCGUGGUUUCGCUACCGGAAGUCCACUGCAUGCUGACGUUCCUCACCUCAUCCGGAUCGUUCCGCCGGCCACUAAUGGGCGCGCUACGCGCUUUCGCGUCUGGCGCCGGUUGCUGCCAUGGCCUCAGCCGGGCACCCGCGCCGUCUCCCACGCCGCGAUCGUCGCUCCUCCCCGCCCUGCUAACGCUCUCCUCGUCUCCCAUCACCCACACUAGCCCUUGCCUUCCCGCUCGCGCCGCUUUGACCCCAUCCUGGAGCCGCGGACUUGUGUCGCCUUCCGCCUUUUUUCAGUGCGCGCAAUCUCGAGGGUUCGUCAGGACUUUUCCACAGGGCUUGAAGGCGCCUGACGGAAGCCGAAAGGUCGCUGGUUCGAAUCCUGCAAGCGACCACGGAAAACGGUUGGCUGCGAGGGCGGGUGGUGCUGGCGCUUCAGCGGAAGGUGGGGGAGAGGAAGGCACGGGUGAAGUUUCUGGGAAGGUGCCAGGAAUCUGCCCGGGCUGCGGCGUUACCAUGCAGAGCGAUGAUCCGAAACUGCCGGGGUUUUUCGUCCUCCCUGCUGCGCUUGACCCCGCUAAAUCCGCCGAGGUUCCGGGUUUAGGGGACGACGAGGGGAUAGAGGAAGCGGAGUGGGAAGAUUUAGAGGGUUUAGCGGAAGAAGAAGAGGAAGAAGGCGCGGGCAGGAAAAAAACGGCUAUGUGGACCGAGUUUGAUCUGAAGAGCCGGGGCAGCCCGGGAAAACUUGUGGAGGCGAAGCUUCCUGUCGAUGAGGUGGACGAUGCUGACGUGGAGUCGGGGUUCGAGGAAUUCGACGCGGACAACUAUCUCGAUGCUGACCUGGCUGCAGAAGCUUCUAGGAAAAGCGGCAGAAAGGGCGUUAAUGAUGACAAUGAGGAUGAUGAUGAGGAUGAGGAGGAGGAUGAGUUAUUUGACGAGGAGGCAUGGGCCAAGGCAUGGGAGAAACAGCUCGGAAGAAACGGAGCAGAAGAGCUUAUUAAGGGAGACUUUAGAGGGAAGGGGGCGAGGGGAGAGAGGGGGGGUGAUUGGAUGCGGGGAGGGGUUGUGGAGGGAGAGGAGGAGGAGGCGGAGGAGGAGGAAGGGCAGAUGAAAGACGGGAAGUUGGUGGUCUGUGCCAGGUGUCACGCGUUGAGAAACUACGGGCAGGUGAAAGACGAGAGCGUGGAGAAUCUCCUGCCCGACUUUGAUUUCGAGAGGGCGGUCGGGCAGCGCCUCCGGGCAGCUUAUGGUCGCCGGGCAGUUGUCCUCGUGGUUGUCGACGCUGCGGAUUUCGACGGGUCCUUCCCGCGCCGGGCAGCCGAACUUUUAGCCCGGGCAGAAGCCGAGGCUGCGGGCAAGUGGAAAGAAUCUCAGGCGGAUGGGAAAGCAGCAGGACCUCCGGGCGGCAGCAACACGUUUCGUCUUAUCCUUGCGGCAAAUAAAGCCGACCUGCUGCCGCCCCAAAUCUCCCCGCUCAGAUUGGAGCAGUGGAUUCGCCGGCGGGCCAAAGCGGGCGGCUUGCCUCGUCUCACAUCGCUCCAUCUCCUAUCGGCCAAGACUGGGUUUGGGGUGGGACACUUGGCAGGCCAGCUGGCAGCGCUAGCCGGGCCGAGGGGAGACGUGUGGGUGGUGGGGGCGCAGAAUGCUGGAAAAUCCUCUCUGAUUAACGCCCUGGCUGCUGCUGUGAAAGGCGCAGGAAAGGGGGGGAAAGGAGGGGGGAAGGCGGGGCAGGGGGCAGGGGGGAAGAGAUCGAAGAAGGGAGGAGGAGGGGGGGGAGGGGGAGUGGGAGGGGUGGGGUUGACUGAGGCGUGGGUGCCUGGGACGACGAUAGGGGUGGUGCCGAUCGAAGGGGUGCUGGGGGGGCGGGCCAGGGUGAUGGACACGCCGGGUCUGCUGCACCCGCACCAGCUGUCCGUGCGGCUCACACGGGACGAGCUGAAAGUGGUUGUCCCGAAGAAAGCGCUCAAACCGCGCACUUUCAGAAUCAAGCCAGGGCAGUGCGUUCUGAUGGGCGGGCUGGCGAGGGUGGACGUGGAGCAGGCAGCAGCGGAGUCCAUCUACCUGACAGCGUGGCUCUCACCAAUGAUAGCGUGCCACAUGGGCAAGAUUGAGACCGCCCCUGCUGUGCUGGAGAAGCACGUGGGGGACAAGUUGCAGCCGCCAGCACAGGCAUCCCGCAUGGGGGAGCUUGGAGUGUGGUUACCGCGUUCCGUUACAGUGGAGGGCACACGGUGGGACCAGAGCAGCACGGAUGUGGCGAUUGCCGGGCUGGGGUGGGUGGGCGUGGGGAUCAAGGGCACCGCGAAACUCAAAGUGUGGACGUUCGAGGGAGUGGGUGUGACUGUAAGGGAGGCCAUGGUGUUCGAUUAUGCUACAGUGUUUGAACGCCCGGGGUUCUCUACUGGGGGGUUGCCGGUUACGAGGGAGGAUGGAGCGAAGGGGAGCGGUGGUGGUGGUGCUGUGAGUGGUGGUACUGAUGGGAAGAAAAAGAAGAAAAAAGUUAGAGGAGGCAGCAACAGAUCGAGGCCUGACGAGGUUGAUGCUGUUGUAUUGUAGUGGGCCAGCUUGUAGCAUGUGGAGACAGCAUCUGCUGAGAGCUUAAGUAUAAAAUUUUAGUUGAGCAAACUGGUUCUAAAUAUAUACAGUGAGACUAA